AUGUUCAACCGUCGCAAAAGAAGCAGAAGCUCUUCCCUUCGCCAGCCACUAUCUGGACCUGCAUCGCAAUCCGCACAGUCCGCUGCUAGCCAUGCGUUCCUGAAAUCGCAACCAUCCUCCAACAGUCUUUCAUCGGCUGCGGCUGCCGCUGCCCUGCGCAAUCUCACACCCACCCCAACCCCGAUAGAAAAUGUCCAGACAAAGCGGAUGGUCCAACGGCGGGCCUCAACCCAGUCGCCAACCAAUCUGCAAGCUGGCCGUCGCGCCGCAAGUGUAAAUGGCCCUCUGCGCCGGUCAAACAGCUCGAGUUCAAUGACGGCAAGGACUUUUCGUGAGCCAUCGCCUCAUCGCCCAUCCACCAGCUCCGGCCCUGGCGAUAGGCGUCAUACUCCCGUUGAUGUGCCUCCGUUGCCGUCUUUGCCAACCAAAUUUGCACCUCAAAAUGGCUCGGGCCGGCGUGCUGUCAGCAUGGAGCCAUCAUUGAGGUCGCCUCCGGCAUCUCCGCGACAGUCCGGUGCGCCGACGAGCGUGGAUCGAGGACAGCCCGGUAGCCCAGGGCAUCAAUCAACGCAUAAUCGAAUUGUAAGUCUGGGCACAGUACCAGAAACAGACCGACCGGGCAGCCGAAACUCAUUCAAUUUCUCAUAUCCGAUGGGAUCACGACCGAUCUCGCCAACGUCACCUGUGGAAAAUCGUCCAAUGAACCUGGAUGUGGUAUCCGUUCGCGAGUCUCCAGACGAGGGCUCUGCUGCGCGACAGCUUGUCUCCGAGAGAUCCGGCAAUACAAAGAGCAGCGCUCCUGCGGGCGGAAAUGUGGAAGACUCACCUGCGGUCAAAGCCGCAAGUAUUGCGGCUGGUACCGCUGCUGCUGCUGCACUGAGCUCGCAGAAAAAGAGCCCUCGAACGGAUGCCGAUUAUGCAAAGGUGGAACGGGUAGACCAUGGGGCGCCCGUCCCCACGGUGCCGGAACAGCGCAUCGAUCGCUCGGCUCCGUUUGUAGAUACUAGCUCAGGGAGCGAACAACUGUCUUCUCGAGCUGGGCUUCAGCGAUGGCCCUCGACAGUGCUCGAGGAAGAUGAGCCCAUGGCGGAGAAUGCAGACGCCAGUAUUUCGACCACUCAAAAUACCGAAAUCCGGUUGCCAAGCGCAUCUGCAGCAAUUGAUCACAGAGAGGCAGUCUCGACACCGCAGCCGUCCCCUCAGCCCUCGCCGAAAGCCUCAAGAGACACCACACCUCAGCAAGACGCGCAUCUUCGUCAGUCUAGCAGUCCUGGUCGAUCAGCCCGAUUCGCCAAAUGGCUCUCCGUGACUGCCGCUGGUGAUCAAAUUCACGAGCCACCGUCACGAUCCUUGUCCCCGGUCAAGUCGGCUUUGAAACACCCUCGCGGAAGUUCACUGUCUCCAGACCGAAAGGUCAGCACCGGUGGUCGCGUUUUCCAACCACCCAGUGAGAUCUCAGAUGGGACUUCGGUCGCUUCAGACGAAGGAUCUCGGGUUGGCAUGAAGAAACGGCCGGUCAAAGUGAGCUUCGACGACGAGGCUGAGAUUGUGGGCGUUGCGGCCAGUCCUCCUACGUCUCCCGAAGAAUACGUGCCAGAAUCGCCACCCAGCAAGGGCAAGUCUCGUAUGAGCUGGCUGGGUGUCGGCAAGAAGCGAGGGUCGCCACUGGACUUUAUGACUCGGGACGACAACUUCGACGAGGUCAUGAAGCCUAGGCCAGCGCUCCCGUCAUUCGGCAGUGUCCGAGGCAAUCGAGACGGUGGUCACCCAGCAGCGACAAUUCCAGAGUUCAGUGACAACGAGUCGACAAGCUCUUCAGACAAUGAUAUUGUGGCUCUCGGGUUGUCAUUUUCGAAUGAUCACGCUCUUGGAGGAAUGCUCCCUAAAAUUCAGCAGAAAGGACCCGCACAACCCCAUGAUAUGACAGCCUUGGAGCGACUUUCUGUCACUGGGGACCCAUCACAGUAUCAGCAAAAGCCUGCAGCGGAGGCCAAGCUGGAUGGUGUCGCGUUUGAUAAUAUCACUGAUAAGCCACCAUCCACUGGUGCGCAUGCCGAGGCUCCUCUCCCUGUGCCUGCUAUUGCUGUUGAGCCGGCUACACCUCCUGUAGACAGUGACCGGCCAAACUUUGAGCAGCGGUCCAGUCUGGAAUGCCGUAUUCCAGGUGGAUUCCCUGCGUCGGGCUCUGACCGCAAUCUCAAGGGCACGGUGACUACGGCUUCUACUGAUACGACAAAGCCGCAACCCAUCGCGAGCGCUGUGCCACACUUGGAUGACACGGACACUGAAGGCGAGUCAGGUGAUAGCGUCUACAGCGACGCCCCCGAGGCCAUGGACGGCGAUGGUUUCGGUUCGAUCAAUGCCAUUGUCGAUAGUGGACCAAUUCCUCGUUCAUCAGGGCCUACAAGUCACAGCCGAGAUACCACUCCGAAACCUGUUGAUCGAAUUGCAGCUAUUGGCAAUCAUUCACAAGAUGUCACAGAUCAAGCGAGGGAAGACCCUCGUUCUAUCACACCGACUCAAGAUUCUGUCAAUCGCGAGUUGAGCGAGUCUCCCAUGACCCCUUCGGCUGAUCGGGGAUUCGAGUCUGCGUAUCCUCCACUGCCGCUAAAUUCGCAGGCUCGAGCUUCAUCACACAAUGGAACCAUUCAACCGACUGUCAACAAGCAAAAUCGACCGUUGUCUUUGACUUCUAAUGAGGACUCUCAUCCACGGGACACGCAUACCAUUUCGACAAAUGCUAACAAAGGCAAGAAUCGACCCGUGUCCCUGGGAGCGCCGUUCCAAAUGAGGACAACGAAUGGCGCUUCGACCAGAUUCCCGAAUUCCCUUCGCCGUACCAUGUCGAAUGGCAGCGACUCUUCAAGCAGCUUCAAGCGCGCCAGCUCUUCUACCCGAGGUGACGCUUCCUUUUCUAUGCGUCGGACUAUGCGAGGCAGUUCCACACAACCCCAAAUGUCGUCCUUCUCGGGUCAUGCAGACUCUUCAGGUGACCGCCGGCCGCUUUCCUCCGGUUCCGGGGCCGGGACUAUGCGAAAGACUCUACGAAGUCCAGGUGCUGGAAAUGAGCGAUAUUCGUUCUUCUCCACCAACAACAAAGCGUCUCGGGCAAAAUCCACAAAGGCGCCCCCGAAAUCGAUGCGAGGCUCGCGCUUCGUGGAUUCAGAUGGGGAAGGCGACGAAGCACCAGCUCAGGCCUUCCGCAGCCGAUUCGCCGACUCCAGUGAUGAAGAUGAGCCCGGCAACAAUGCUAUGCGACCUGUCCGUGGUAUCCCUCGCCGGCAAGGUUAUCACGAUGGAGACUCGACAGACCUGGAGGAUAGUUCUGAAGAAGAACGUCAGCAGCAGGCUGCAGCCGUGGCUGCACGUCGACCGAAUCCCGCACCUCCUGGUUCUCGGGACAAGACUAGCCCCAACAUGUCUGGCUUAGCAGCUGUGGCCAAACAACGGGGGAUGACCCAGCGAGAACUGGAAGAGUUCAUCAUGCAGCCUCCCCGAGGUCGAAAACCCGGUUUUCUUAGUCGUCUCGGUCUGAAAAAGUCGAAGAACCCGGAUCAUCGCAUCCGCAAGGCCGACGUCGAAAGUCCGUCCCGAAGAGAUACUCCGCUUGAGCGAUCGCGGCUGGAACGCGAACAGUUACGUGGAGAGCCAUAUGUAAACGGGGUGAAUGGGAACAGUGGCGUGGUGACCACUGUGAGCGCAGAUCCGCCUGAACCAACCUCUCCACGGAAGCUGGGCCGGCGGCUAUCAAAGCGACAGACCACCAGUGGUGAUCAGUGGCCCUUACGUGUGGAGCCAAGUAACGAGACGCCCGAGCCAAUCCCCGAGCACAGCCAGACCCUCCAAUCGUCGCCCCUGCAGACAACUAGGGUCGGGCCGCCGGCGCCACAGGCCGAGCGCAAUGGCAGCAUCACGGUCAAUGGCGACGAGGGGGCCGGGGCUAUCCCGACUAUCCAAGAAGAACCCGAGCCGCCCCAAGCUGGUCAGGCUGUCACCGAUGUCAAUGACGCUCGUUCGGACAUCACAAGCACGACAGCUGAGGAGCCGGGCGUUUCCGCACGCGAUGUGGUCAUUGCUGGUUCUGGACGCAAGAAACGAUUCCAACUGUUGCGAAAGGCCUUUGGUUUACGGAAAUGA